GAAGCUCAAGGCGGUGCUGCAGUGGAUUAGUCAGCUGCAUUUAUUUAGAGAGCAGGAGCAGUCGGGGUCAGAUCUGCAAGAUGCAGCACAUCUACAUGCAGAGCAAUGAACACUUUGAGGUGUUCACCACCGUCCUUGCUCCACAAGGGAGAUAUAGAUACAAAGCUGAAGCUGAAAAGAUGGUGGUGGUGCGCAGCUACAGACCCCACUGGCCAGACGAGCUGGCCCUGUCUCCGGGUGACGUCAUCCUGGUUCUGUCCAAGCACGAGGAGGGGAGGUGGUUCGGGCGGCUGCAGCAGGGCCAGUGGGGCUACUUCCCCGCCUCGUGCGUGAUGGAGCUGAGCCAGUCUAAUCUGCCAAAUAAAGGCUUGCAGAGAAGCUCAUCUCUGAGAGUCAACACCGAACGCUGCAGUGGACACAUUCUGCAGGCGCCGAGGAGGGGGAGCGGCAGAGGAGGGCUGGAUGCGAGCCAGGUUAAGCACGACGGCCCCUUCCCGGUGCGGAGGCCCCAAAGUCCUCCGCAGGAGCCCAUGGCCCCCCAAGCUCAGCUGCACAGAUCUCCAAGUUUGCUCCACAGGAUCUUGUCCAAGUGCCGGAAAAAGAGCGAAUGCCACGGAGCCACCAAUGGGGCCUUCGAGGGUGACUGAGGGGAGAAACCUUUCUGUGUCCAUGGUAACUGAGAGGAGUUGACUUUGUAGGCGGUGGUUUUUUUUAGAUUAAGUGGGUUUCAGAAACUCUUUUUUUUUGUAAAAAAAAAAAAAAAAAAGGUCUGAACCUCUUUGUUCUGUGCCUGAAGUCGACUGUUCUUGUCUUUGCUAAAUUUCAACAAGCAAGAAGCUGUAAUGAAUGCUGCCGUCACGCUGCACACCAUGGAGAACGUUGUGACACAAAAGCAGCAGCCAAGUCAAGAGGAGUCCACUUGGCUACACUAAAAUAUUCAUUCUCCUUGGUUCUGCCAGCUUUGCACAUCUAGCAAAUGACUGGACCAUUAUUACACAGAUUUUCAUUGAUCGAAACCAAGGCUGCUCUAUAACUGAGGAUGACACGUGUCGCUGAAUAUUGUUUAUCAGUUGAGAGUAAUCCACAAUUUUCAGAGUUUUUUCCAUUCCCUGUCCUUGGGGAAUGCUGUCUGUAGGUAAGCUUAUUUUCUCAGCAAAGGCUCUGGUAGUAAAAUAUCUCAUCUCCUGUUUAUUUAUACUUAUAUAUAACCCAGAAAUAAACUAAGUUGGCUUAUCUUGUUCCUGCUGAUUUGUGCCAGCUGAGUCUGUAGGCAGAGCAGAGAUUUUCUGAUAUAUUUUUUUUAUAAUGUAACUGUAAUUACAGUGGCAGCAAUUAAAUAUUUGUAGCUGUAAGAAACGUAUACCCGUCAUGCUAUGCUUUGUAUGUAUGUAUGCACAUAUACUCUUUGCUUAUCGCAUAAGCCAUUACGAUGACAAUAAAAACACAUGACGACUC